AUGAGGGAGUCGAUGCUCUUUUCUGGCUUUCUUCUUGUCCUCCUUGGCCUGGCUCUGCCAGGCACCCAGGGAAAAAUCUUCUCCCGAUGUGACUUGGUGAAGACCCUACAUGAGCACAGCUUUGCGGGCUUUAUGGGCAAAACUGUAGCUGACUGGAUCUGCCUGGUGCAACACGAGAGCAAUUUUAAUACUAAAGCAUUUCAUGACAACGGUGCGAGUCGGGACUACGGGAUCUUUCAGAUCAACAGCCAGUACUGGUGUGAGGAUGGCAAGACCCGUGGAUCCAAGAACGCCUGCCAUACCAGUUGUUCAAAAUUUCAAGACGAUAAUAUCGAGGAUGAUAUGCAGUGUGCCAAGAAGAUUUCUCAAGAGGCUCAUGGUCUCACUCCCUGGUAUGGCUGGGAAAACCAUUGCAAGGGGAAAAACCUGAGUCCCUACGUCGAGGGUUGCUGA